UCAAUGUUCGCUUUUUCACGGGCAAUUGGGAAAAUAAAACGAAAAAAUAAGUGCCCCAAACGAUGUACGCAUGAAAACAAUUAUUUAUCAAAAUAAACUCACCGCAGUAAAGAAGUCAUUCCGUCCACCGAGAGUUUCCGUCCUCCGAACUCGAAGCAAUGAGAUAAUUAUUGCUGAUGAGCGUCGUUCGCUCGUGUUUUCUUUGGAGUCAUCAUGACGCGUCCCGGGCCGCCUAGUGAGAAUCUACCCACAGUGAAAUUGGUAGUGGUUGGCGAUGGAGGUGUCGGCAAGAGCGCGAUCACCAUACAGUUCUUUCAGAAGCUCUUUGUGACAGACUACGACCCGACCAUCGAGGAUUCGUACAUACAACACACGGAGGUUGACGGACAAUGGUGUAUUUUGGAUGUACUCGACACAGCCGGGCAGGAGGAGUUCAGUGCGAUGCGCGAACAGUACAUGCGCAAGGGGGACGGGUUCCUGCUCGUGUACUCGGUAACGGACAAGCAGAGCUUCGAGAACAUUCGCCACUUCCACACGCAGAUACUGAGGGUCAAGGAUAGGGAGACGUACCCCAUGCUGAUUGCUGCUAAUAAGGUGGAUCUGGUCCACUCUCGCGUGGUGAGCGAAGACGCGGGACGUGAGCUAGCGCGUGCGCUUUCCGCUCCGUAUAUAGAGACGAGCGCUAAGGAGCCACCGCUCAAUAUCGAUGCGGCUUUUCAUGAGUUGGUCCGCAUCAUCCGUAACCAUCCCCAACAAGAGGAGAAACAACGACGCCGCAGCAAGUUCAUAUGUAAAUGCCAAAUUCUAUAGAUUCCAUACAAAUGGCCGAUGCGCGAAAAUUUUAUUUGUUAUAAGAUCUGUAGUAAUGCUUAAAAGUUGUUUUUUGUCGAAUGAAAAAAUGUGUGGGUAGUAGAAGAGAUAUUUUUUUGUUACUGAAAACAAUC